GUCCGCUGCUUGGGUGUUGAUGCAGCAGAAUGCAGGUGCGGCGAUCAACUUCAUCAUGGCGUUCACUGCCCAAGUGCUUAUAUGCCAUGCCAGCCCUGCCCAUAUUCUAGACGGCAGAUCACCUUUUCCUUAUUAUGUUUGCAUGUCUUAUGACCAUACUCCCUUCACAUUAAUGCUGCCCUCCCGACUAUCGUUGUAAUAGCUCGACGCGAAAGCCUGUACUAACAUUGCGCAUCGGAGCGCGCACACCAAGCUCUUUACGAUCACUUCACGACGACGGCCACGAACAUCGUGUCGUCUCCCGUCGCUAACGACAUUCACCAACCCGCGCCAGUCGAGGCACGCUGCCUGGGCGGAGAGCUCUGGCAGCCUCCAUGUUCAGUAGCAGCUGUGGCGCGACCUUAUGACUUCUCCUUCGACUUCAGCGGGCAUGGACCGGAGCAGAACAAUACUGAAGUCCCGCCGGUGACACAGGCCGAAUACCAGCAGUUGCUGCAAGGUUUCGAUCAUUCGUAUCUACAGCCACAGCAACCGCAGCAAAAUGGACAGGAUUAUGCCCCGUAUGGUUCACCUGGAGUUCUCCUUCCCGGAGAGCAGCAUUAUGCGCUCAACCAAGUGCAACCACAGCAGCAGCAGAUGCUUGCGCACCAAAAGCCUCGACAGUUUUCGCAAGUAUCCGCGGCGUACUCGUCACACCAAGGCACACCUUAUCAAAGUCCACCGAGUAUUGCGCACCAGCCCAAGGGGAUUCCCAAUGCUCAGCCUUCCCGAAAGAGAAGCUACCAUGAGGAGUACACCUACGAAUAUCCAGCUCUCCAGCAGCUCCAGGCUCAUGCUUCCAGCGGUACUCAGAUGCCGGUCGAACUCACACCUCAAGGGCAGCACGCCCAACUUCAAACCGGGGCGGUCUCAUACCAGUAUCAGCCACAACGGUCUUCCUCUGCACAGUCUCAUUCACAUUCGAGCACUCCGCAACAGACGUACGCAGCGUAUCAGCAACAGCAGACCGCACACCAUCACCACCGUCUCCCAAAUCAGCAACCUCCGAACAAGAUUCAGCGCACCUUCGGUCGUGAGACGCCAGAAGAUGACGAACACGGGCCGCCAAGCGUUGUUGGGCAGCCUGGCAUGCCCGAGCCGGCACCUCGACCCAAAGGCCCCAAACUCAAGUUCACUCCGGAGGACGAUGCUUUGCUUGUCGAACUCAAAGAGACCAAGAACCUUACCUGGAAACAAAUUGCCGACUUCUUUCCCGGCCGAAGUUCCGGCACACUGCAGGUUCGAUACUGCACGAAGCUUAAAGCCAAGACCACGAUCUGGACGGAUGAUAUGGUUCAACGUCUCCAAUCCGCCAUGCAGGAAUACGAAGCCGACCGUUGGCGCAUCAUUUCCGGCAAAGUUGGCAACGGCUUCUCAGCCACAGCGUGCAAAGAGAAAGCCAUGGAGCUCGAUGCACCCGAAAUGGAAGACUCCGAGUUUGUACGACCUACUCCACAACCACAGCAAAUGCAUAUGCAUUAUCGUCCACAAUAUCACGAUGGUAUCACGACAGCGACGAAUCUCCUACAGCACCAAGACUCGACAGCUUCGAACAACACGGCGACUAGCAGUACGACAGGGCCACUUCCACCUUCAUCGCGUAUCCACAAGCAGGACGCGUAAUAGUCGUACGACACUACAUCUAUUACCAUCCCACCUCGGAGGGAUGAUCCACCCGGACCAACAAGAAGAAGUAUUCACCACAGCGACAGCGCUCCAGGCGUUUGGAGAAUAAGCGACACGCGCGCAUGUACAACAUCGAGCAUUUACAACGAGAAAGUCUUUCUAUUUGUUGAGAGCUGAAUGGGCAGCUCCAACCUUGCUUGCUUUAUGUUUGUUCUGGUUUUACACGACCUGCUGGACAUGUCGUUUCUAAUGACGAAUUGUUAUAUACCCCAAGCCCUAAUGACGACCUUGUAUUACUAGCAACGAAAGGGAAAAAGACGAAACGGGGGUCUAUUGUACUAUUAACUUCGCAUGGCGAAGGAUAUCUUAGAGCGUAGAGUGAGCGGGGGAGUAAUGUGGGCAGUUUCUCCCUCAAGAGCUCAAUACUACAGCAUUACGCAGCAAUGCAAUCUUGUACUCAGUAUAAUUCAAAACUUG